ACAGAUCAGAAGAUUUUACUUUGGAUCUGUCACAAUGAACUACUGUCUCUUGUCCCUUCUCCUGGGUUUACUCAUCAUUCCUGUAACUAGUGAUUUUCCUCCUGGUUCUUGUGAUGGAUACACCAACAUAACUGAACCAUGGCGCAACCGAGACUUUACAUCUACUACCUUCCCUGGCUUUCCUAAUCAUGAUGCGAAGCUGGUGAACAGUUGGUGGCGCUUCACAGGCAUCGGUGGAGACAGAGUUAUUACAGGCUGUGUAUCAACCAACCGUGGUGGCACAUCGCGUCCUGUUUUUAUUCCAUUUGCUUAUCCAACCACCGAGUCUGUGACCCCAACUACAGGAACUGCAUAUGGUUAUUAUGGUGGGUGUCAAGGCUCUGGUUUAAAAGUGAAUGUGGCCCUCUGUCCUGGAGGAUUCUACAUUUAUCAACCCUUAACUUACCCACAUCUUCACACAGGAUACGUGACUUAUCAUUAUGAUUGUAAGCCAGACUCCUGUGGACCACUUGCUGAGUGUUCAACUGAAGGAGGCUGUACCUGUCUUCCUGGUUAUGAAAUCCCCCCUACACACAUACCCACUCCAGAUUCAUAUGGUUGCGUUGACAUUGAUGAGUGCCAGACGACAGCAGGCAUUUGUGGUUCUUACUCCACUUGUAAUAACACCAUUGGAGCGUACUUCUGUACUUGUUUGGAUGGAUUCAAUGCAACAGAUCCAGUGUUAGCACCUGGAAAGUCCAACCCAUGCAUAGAUAUUGAUGAAUGUCUUGACAAUAUCUGUGGUGAUCAUGGGACCUGUCUCAACAACCCAGGAAGUUAUGCAUGUAAAUGUCAUGAAGGCUACCAAGUUGUACCGGAUGCAACCCCUGUUUGCCAAGAUAUUGAUGAGUGUUUCAACUCAACUGUCUGUGGUCCUGAUUCUGUCUGCACCAACACACCUGGAGCUCAUACCUGUGAAUGCGAACUGGGUUACACACCAACAGAACCAGCCGAGGAACCCAGCGAGACCAACAUCUGUAUUGAUGUUGAUGAGUGUGUCAAAGAUGCUACUGUCUGUGGACCUAAUUCCAAUUGCACAAAUUCCAUUGGAUUUUACAUUUGCACCUGUUUUCCUGGUUUUCGGCUGAACAACCCAGAUAUGAUAGCCAGUGUUGCUAACCCAUGCACAGAUAUAGAUGAGUGCAGUGAGACACCUGGUUUAUGUGGUAAACAAACUGUUUGUACUAAUGUACCAGGGACCUUCUAUUGUUCUUGUCCUGAUGGAUUCUACCCUUCAACUGGAGUUGUGUGGACGUUAGGGGUCUCAUUUUGUAAAAGUCUUCAGGAUAUUCUAGAUGAAAUAGUACCACCAGAGGGUCAGACAAAAGAGAGAGCUUUCCUUAGUAAUAUGGAUCAAGAACUGAAGAACAACAUAGGUGUUGUCUUACAAGAAGCGACAGUGGCAAACUGCUUUUCUUCAUCUAUGGAAGUGUCAGGUGUUGGACAACUGGGCAGGUCAACAAAGGUGAGUAGUGAAGGAGACGGGGAGACUGGCAGUGUGAUCCUGGGCAUCUCAGACCUUUUAGUUAAUGCGAUGGUGCCACCAACUCAGAACCAAACCAAAAAAGCCAUUCAGACUUCAACAGUGGAUUUGAGUCUACAAGCCAUUGGUCCAGGGAGUCAUGAUGAGAACAUUUUCCCCCUUUCUGCCAAAGGACAGACUAUGGAAAUUAACUUGCGGGCUCUAGCCAGUGCAAACAAUGGUUCUGCAGCAGUGGGCUUUAUGACACUGAAUGGGAUGGAGAGUCUUCUCAGUCAUCAAUACUUUCAAACAGAGAACAAGACAGAGAUGAACUCUGAUGUUUUUACUGCGGUCUUACCGGCAAUAAACACGACCAACCUCACUGAGCCUGUCAACUUUACCAUUCAGCAUAAGAAGAAAGUUCCUGCAUCUGGAAUAGUUUCUUGUGUGUACUGGGAAGACAAAAGCAAGAACAAAGAACAUGGACAAGAGGAUGAGGAAGGAAAUGAGGGAGAGACAAUGCGUUGGUCAGUAGAAGGUUGUUGGGUUGCAUACUCUGAUGAAAACUACACAGUGUGCAGCUGCUCCCACCUUUCGACCUUUGCCCUCAUCAUGCAGAUUGGGGAGCCUCCACCAGAGGAUCCAUUCCUAGAGUGGCUGAACCGAAUAUGUGUGAUAGUCGGACUAUUCUUCUUUGGUUUGGCCAUCCUCACCUUCCUCCUGUGUAGCUGGAACCCCAAGAUCAACAACACAGCCCGUCUUCACCUGUGCCUCAGCCUCUCCUUAUCUCAUCUACUGCUGCUGUGGAAUGACAAAUAUGUUGAACAAGAGCUGGCCUGCACCGUCAUGGCGGGUCUUCUCCACUUCUUAGUUGUUGCAAGUUUUGUGUGGAUGCUGCUGGAGGCGCUACAGCUCUACCUGUUGGUCCGAAGGCUCUCCAAGGUGCAGGUCAUCCAGAGAGAUGGCCUCCCCAGGCCACUUCUCUACCUGAUUGGCUACGGCGUUCCAUUUGUGAUUGUGGGUACUUCUGCUUUGGUUUAUUCUGAUGGAUAUGGUGCUACUGACGGAGAUGUGUGCUGGCUCUCUAGACAGCGCAAUUUCAACUGGGCUUUAACAGGCCCUGUGAUUGCUGUCCUUGGACUUAAUUGGACUUUGUUCUGUGCAACUCUCUGGAGUCUGAGACCCACCUUGGCCAACAUGAAAAGUGACGUUUCUCAAUCCAAAGACACCAGGUUGAUUGUGUUCAAGAUUGUGGCACAGUUUGUCAUACUGGGCUGUACCUGGAUUCUGGGCCUGUACCAGUCGAAUCUGUUCUUUCAAGUCCUGUUUAUAAUUCUUAACUCCCAGCAGGGCACCUUCCUCUUCAUCGUCCACUGUGUGCUCAAUAAGGAGGUUCGAGAGGAAUACGUGAAAUGGCUGACUUGUUCUUUCAAAAAGCACAGAGAAGGAGGAUCUGUGAAAGAUGCGCCAUCAAUCUCCGAGGACAUGGACAAGGCUGAAGAACGGACAGGCUAAUGCUGAUGAAAUGAUGACAGAGAGGAGAAAUACAGCCUUUUGUCUUUACAUAAUAUUUUAUUGUUGCCAUUGUAUUCGUGGUUAGGGAAGAUAGGUGAUCAAAUAUAUAUGUAUAAGUAUAAGUGUGUAUACUUAAGCUAUUUCCAAUAUUAUUCAUUGUGUCAUUUUCUGGUAUGGUAUAAAAAAUAUCUGAAAUAAACAUGAAGUCAUUAUUGCAUUUCCUUGUUCACUACAGUUUUUUUUCAGUUUAGUUAUAUAUACUACUUAUUUCAUUAUGCAGAAACUUCCACUGUGCGUAAGUACUUAGCUUUUCUGACUUUCUAUUACAACAGCAAGUGAAACAACCACUGUUUUUAACUCUAUCUUGUGAGCAAGUUUCAAGACAAAAGUGCGGGAGAGCGCACUAAUAAACAACAUUUUUCCGGGACCACUAUGAAUCAGUCCCCAUUAUGCUGUUAAGAUGGCUCUUGCAUGACAUACACAGUAUUCUUGUGAACUCAUUUGUAUAUAUUGUGUGCUUUGUCUAUUGUGGUUUUUAUUGUUUUGAGGCCAUAAUAAACUUCUAUUGUCUCAGA